AGACACGACAAAAAAAAAUUAGAAGUUCAGAAGCCAGUUUAUAUAAGGAUAAGGCAUCCUUUAAAAAAAAUUUCCCAAAGGCCAUCUGUUUAUUUAACUGUCAGGAGACAGGCUCCAUUCAGAAAUCCUUAUACUCUUAAAGCCCAUACAGAAAAUGGAGACUCUAAAAAGUCCAAAGAUGACAAAAAAGGAAGAACUUUGCAGAGAAAUUCCAAGAAAAACAAAGGCCCACAUGAAACAACUAUAGAAUCUAAAAUGGUAAAUGAUGAGAAACUUAAAAGAGGAAAUAAAGCAGAUAAAACUCCAUCAAAAUUAUCACGUAAAAGUGAACUAUCUAAGGAUUCAAAGUCCAAAUUAGAAAUAAACCCAGAAUCCAGUGAUUUUAAAGCUGUCUCAAUGUAUCCAAAAAAAGAUAAGAGAGAUUUGAAGAAUUCCAAGGAGACAGAUAACGAAUUCAUAUGUGCAAAGAAGGAUUCUAAAGACUCAAAGAACAAUUCUGAUGCCAAAUCACAGACUUGUUCAAAAAAUAGUUCAAAUAUGGAUUUCAUACUGUAUUUAGAGGAGUCUGGUGCUGAAUCUAUGAAAUGUGAUAUGGGGUUAAAGAAUUACUCUCAGAAUAAUUCAAAGAAGCCUUCAAAGAAGGACACAAAAAAGGAUGCAAAGAAAAGCUCUGAUGCUGAAUCUGUAGACUCAAAAGAUGCAAAGAAAGAUAAGAAAGGUCCAAAGAAAGAGAAGAAGGAUGCAAAGAAAGACACAGAGUCUACUGAUGAAGAAUCUGCAGACUCAGAGGAUGCAAAGAAAGAGCCAAAGAAGGCUAAGAAAGAUUCAAAGAAAAGUGACAAGAAAAAGGAUACAAAGAAGGAUGCAGUGUCUACUGAUGCUGAAACUGAGUCUGAAUUGGAGACAAAGAAUUGGAAGAAAGAUGAAAAGAAGGAAAAGAAAGAUUCAAAAAAAGAUGACAAGAAAAAGGAUGCCAAGAAGGAUGUAGUGUCUACUGAUGCUGAUUCUGAAUCUGAAUGGGAUUCAAAAAAGCAUAAAAAAGUUGAAAAAAAGGAUAAGAGAAAUUCAAAGAAAGAUGACAAAAAUAAGUUUUCAAUGAAGUCUGAAGAGUCUACUGAAACUGAAUCUGAAUGG